AAAACAUUCCCAUAUGAACACAACCAACCCAUCUCCUUCUACUACAUAUCCAUCUUUCACCACUCCCACAAAGAAAGAAGAGACAAGAAAACUGCAAUGGAGGUGGAGGGAAAGACCAAAUACGCGGAGGAAGCCUUCGAUUUCGACGACGGUCGCCAACAAAAACCCGAACUCGACGACGAUGGCCGGCCUAAAAGAAGAGGGACACUGUUGACAGCAAGUGCACACAUAAUAACUGCUGUGAUUGGGUCAGGAGUGCUUUCUCUGGCUUGGGCAAUUGCUCAGUUGGGUUGGGUGGUUGGGCCUGCAGUUUUAGUGGCUUUCUCUCUCAUCACUUGGUUCUGCUCCAGCCUCCUUGCUGAUUGUUACAGAUCCCCUGACCCUGUCCAUGGCAAAAGGAACUACACUUAUGGGGAAGCUGUGAGAGCUAACCUAGGAAGUGUGAAGUACAGACUAUGUGCGCUGGCCCAAUAUGUGAAUCUGGUUGGAGUGACAGUUGGCUACACAAUAACAACAGCCAUCAGUAUGGGGGCGGUCAAAAGGUCCAACUGCUUCCAUCGCAACGGUCACAAUGCGGCUUGCGACGAAUCCAACACUAUCAACAUGAUCAUCUUUGCAGCAAUUCAGAUACUGCUGUCUCAGUUACCAAACUUCCACAAGCUAUGGUGGUUGUCUAUAGUAGCAGCUGUCAUGUCUGUCACAUACUCUUCUAUUGGGCUUGGCCUCUCCAUUGCCAAAAUAGCAGAAGGGGGGAAUGUGAGGACCUCACUCACAGGAGUAACAAUAGGAAUAGAUGUAUCUGCAAGUGAGAAGGUGUGGAGAACCUUCCAGUCCCUUGGGAACAUAGCCUUUGCUUAUUCUUACUCCAACGUUCUUAUUGAGAUUCAGGACACAUUGAGAUCGAGUCCACCAGAGAACCAGGUGAUGAAGAAGGCCUCCUUCAUAGGUGUCUCCACCACAACUCUCUUUUACAUGUUGUGUGGUAUCUUAGGUUAUGCUGCUUUUGGGAACCAUGCACCUGGUAACUUCCUCACUGGAUUCGGCUUCUACGAUCCCUUCUGGCUUAUUGACAUUGGCAACAUCUGCAUUGCCAUCCACCUAAUUGGAGCUUACCAGGUCUUUUGCCAGCCAAUUUAUCAAUUCUUCGAGGGCUGGAUCCGCAACCGGUGGCCUAACAACACCUUCUUUACAAAGGAGCAUGUUGUCAGCCUUCCCGUAGUGGGUGACUUUCCUUUCAGCUUGUUCCGCUUGAUCUGGCGAACGCUGUACGUGAUACUAACCGCGCUGGUGGCGUCAAUCUUCCCCUUCUUCAACGACUUCCUCGGCCUCAUCGGUGCCCUCUCCUUCUGGCCGCUCACAGUGUACUUCCCUGUCCAGAUGUACAUGGCGCAGGCCAAGAUACGUAAGUUCUCCGUCACGUGGACAUGGCUGAACAUUCUGAGCUCGGCUUGUCUUGUGGUGUCAAUCGUCGCAGCGUGUGGAUCCAUUCAGGGACUCGUUCACGACGUCGGCAAUUAUAGGCCGUUCAGGGUUUAAACGGAGAACGAAAUCGGGAUUGGCAUGAAUAAAAUUGACAACAAUCAGCGUAUUUGUAAUUCGGAGAGCUAAGAAAUAAUCGACAGCUCCAAACAUUUGCAAUGGCUAUCUUACCCAAAUAGGCCUGUAUAGUUCUAGCACUUUCUAAUGAUGCAUAAUAACAAACAUACAUUUCCUUAUGAGA